CCUGCAACUGCUGGAGGGACAUUCUGUGCUGGGCCUUAAUUUCGGAGAAAGCAGACUGUUCUACACCUACAAUGUGGGGGAUCAAAACUAAAUCUAGGGAAUGUAUAUCAAUACACGUGGGCCAAGCGGGAGUUCAGAUUGGCAAUGCAUGCUGGGAGCUCUUUUGUCUGGAACACAAAAUCAAACCAGAUGGAUCAUUUGUGGACAAAAAUGCUCUUGGCUCAUCUGAUGACUCAUUUACAACUUUCUUCAGUGAGACGGACAAUGGCAAGCAUGUGCCCCGGGCAGUGUUUGUGGAUCUGGAAAGCUCUGUGAUAGAUGAAGUGCGCUGUGGACAUUACCGCCAGCUGUUUCAUCCAGAUCAACUGAUUACAGGCAAAGAGGAUGCAGCAAAUAACUAUGCGCGUGGUCACUACACCAUUGGCAAAGAAAGCAUUGACUUAGUAUUGGACCGAAUCAGAAAAUUGAGUGAUGCCUGCUCAGGACUCCAAGGAUUUCUCAUUUUCCACAGUUUUGGAGGGGGCACAGGCUCGGGGUUCACAUCUCUUCUGAUGGAACGACUCUCCAUGGAUUAUGGCAAGAAGUCCAAACUAGAAUUUGCCAUCUACCCAGCACCACAGAUCUCCACAGCAGUGGUGGAGCCUUACAACUCCAUUCUAACCACACACACCACACUGGAGCACUCUGACUGUGCCUUUAUGGUUGAUAAUGAAGCUAUUUUUGACAUCUGCCAGAGAAACCUAGACAUAGAACGUCCAACCUACAUAGAUCUGAAUAGACUCAUAGCUCAGAUUGUUUCGUCCAUCACAGCUUCACUACGUUUCGAUGGCGCCCUCAAUGUGGACCUGACUGAGUUCCAAACCAACCUAGUCCCUUAUCCACGCAUCCACUUCCCGCUAGUAACCUAUGCACCCAUAAUCUCAGCAGAAAAGGCAUACCAUGAGCAACUGUCUGUGUCAGAGAUUACCAGCUCCUGCUUCGAGCCAACUAACCAAAUGGUGAAGUGUGAUCCAAGACAUGGGAAGUACAUGGCCUGCUGCAUGUUAUAUCGGGGUGAUGUUGUUCCCAAGGAUGUCAACGUUGCUAUAGCGAAUGUAAAGACAAAGAGAAGUAUACAGUUUGUGGACUGGUGCCCUACAGGGUUUAAGGUUGGCAUUAACUACCAGCCUCCCACAGUAGUUCCAGGAGGGAAUCUGGCCAAAGUACAGCGUGCAGUCUGCAUGCUCAGUAAUACAACUGCCAUCGCUGAGGCGUGGGCCAGACUUGAUCAUAAAUUUGAUUUGAUGUAUGCCAAGCGUGCCUUUGUUCACUGGUAUGUUGGGGAAGGCAUGGAGGAAGGGGAGUUUUCUGAGGCUCGAGAGGACUUGGCAGCACUGGAAAAAGACUAUGAAGAGGUGGGAAUGGACUCCUUUGAGGAAUUGAAUGACACCGAAUAAUACAGAAGAAAAAGUCUCAGUGUUUCAAAUAAAAUUAACCAGAAAUAAACAUACUGAAACUUA